CCACCGCACACCUGCAUGCAUUUGGCAGUGAAACACCGUGGUAAUUAUGACUUACGACUAAAGAAGUAUGGAAAUCGACGGCCCGAACUCGCUCGCCGGACUGCACCUCGACCGUAGGCCCCACCAGAGAGGUCUUGAUGGCGAUAGCUCUUGGAUUGACUGGGCGAACCGAUUGCCAGAGGGAUUGCUGCUAAACGUUGGGCGCCACCUGGAUUGCCAAGCGCUGAGCUCUGCUCGCGCUGUUUGCUCGAGUUGGCGGCAUGCAUUCAGCCUCCACGUCCAUAAAGCACAACUUGACGUCGGGAAGCAAAGGGCGCAGCAAGCUCGCGCAUUCCUUCGCGCUUUCCUGCGCGCCUUCCCAGCGACCAACGAGCUUGUACUGGACGUGAGCUUCCGCCGCACAGCCAGGGAGAAGAUUCAGGCGUCGCUGGAUGAGCACUUCAAGGCGCUCCACGACCUGGGCCUGCGGGCGCUGCAGCUCAAUCUGGACCUCAACUCCUUCAACGAGCGGAAGAUAAAGCUGCCAGACGUGGCGGCGCUGGCAACCUGGCCGGAGCUGACGCGGCUGACGCUGCAGGAGUCGGGCUGGCGCUCGCAGCAGCUGCGCGUUGACGCAAGCAGUGUGUUCGGGGCGCUACAGCAUUUGCAGGAGCUCACGGUGGUGUGCAAGUACUCGGGCACGGUGAAGGCGCGCUGGCUGCGGCCGCCAAGCCAUGCUGAGCAGUUGGUGGCGCGGAUGCCCAAGUGGCCGCCAGGCGCUGGGCCAGGCGGGGCGGCGGCGGGGGCAGCCCCUCCGCUCACCGGCUGGCCCGGCUUCAGCGCGGGCGUGCAGCUGGCGGCAGGCGCGCCGGCAGCAGCAGCGGGUGGGCUCGGUGGCGAUGGCGAUGGCGAUGUGGUUCGCGACGACUCACCGAUGGAGGACACGACUCAGGGCGGAGGCGGGCAGCUUGCGGCGGGCGGGUUGCAGGCUCAGCCGCCGCAGCAGCAGAUGAUGCGGCCGGUGGUGACGCAGCACCUGCGCUGUCAAAUGACUCAGAACCAGAGCAUGGCCAGCGAGCUGCAGAAGGCGAUGCGGCGCAUGACGCCCGCGCUGCAGGCGCACGUGUCGGCGCUGACGUUUGAGAUUGUGGAGGAGACGUACGCGGAGCCUGCGCGCGGGUCCACGCCCCUGGACCUGUCGGCGCUGCCGGGCCUCAAGUCGCUUACGGUACUGAGCGGCGCCGAGGACGCGCUGGCUAACAGCAAGCUGGACGUGGUGGGCGCCCCCGUGCUGGAGAGCCUGGUUCUGUUUGACGUCAGCUGUGGCUGCUGGUGCUACAACAAGCCGGGGCACGGCAUCCCGCCGCGCCUGCUGUCCUCACCGGCGCCGUGCCUGCGCAGCCUGACCGUGGUGGGCUUUGUGGUGCACCAGUGCACCAACCUGCACGCGCUCAGCCUGCUCACUUGCCUGGAGGAGCUGCGCCUGGAGCAGCCCGACCCAGACUCGAUGGCCGCGGUGACGGGCGAGGUGCUGCUGACGUGGCUGCCACCCAGCCUGCGUGUGCUCAAGCUGCACUCCGUGGUGCUGCCGCCCUGCGGCCUUGACACCGCGGCUGCGUCGUCACCAGCCUCGGGCGCAGCAGGGCGAGCUGGGCCGGCGGUUGCGGCAGACAGCAGCAGCGACUUCGGGGGCGGCGGACGCGGCAGCAGCGGUCUGCUGGCUGGCGCUGCCCCCGUGCCCUUCGCACCGCCAGGGCCCCGCGGCACCAGCUCCCGCAGCCGCUCUCGCGCGGCCGCCGCAGCGGGGCUCCUGCCCGGCUCCUCGCCGAUGCCGCACCCGCUCGCUGCAGCCGCUGCUGCUGCGGCAUCUGGUGGCAGUGCCGGUGUGGGCAACGGCGGGCCGCACAGUUCGCUGAGCGCGGGCGCAAUGGCAGAGCUGCUGUACGGCGUGGCGCCCACCGCGCCGCUGCCACACCUACGGGAGCUCUACUUGUCCAAAUGCAAGGUGCCCACGCUGGGCGUGCUGGGCGUGUGCCCUCAGCUGACGUCGUUGGGCGUGCUCAACUGCCUCAGCUGCAGCGGAGCGCUACCGGUGGCGGCGGCGCUGCCGGGACUGCGGCAACUGGCCAUCAUCCACACGCUGUCCACGGAGCAGGAGCUGGGGCCGUCGGCUAUGGGCGGGCCGGUCGGCAGCGGGCUGCCGGGCAUGGCUUCAGUGUUUCCCGGGGGCGCGGCCGGCGGCGGGCGGGAGCCGAUUGGCACGGCGGCGAGCGCAGCCAUGGCGCCGGGGGCCGCACUGCUGGGCAAGGCAGGCGGGCUGCCGGCGGGGUUGGGAGGCGCGGGCAUGUCGGGUAACGGCGCGGGGCCGGCUGGGGCUGCUGGGCACGGCUCUACAGCAGUGCACGUGCCGGGCCUGCCACUGCCGCCAGUGGUAUGGGGCAGCGACGAGCAGGUGGCGGCGAUUGCGGCCUGCACCGGCGUGACGCAGCUGGAGCUCAUCCUGCCGCGCGGCUCGGCAGGCAGCGCGGCGGUGGGGUCGCUGGCGGCCAUGCCGAGGCUGAGGCAGCUGGACGUGAGCCUGCCCUGCGGCUUGAGCGAGGGCAUGAUGGGGCUGGCCAAGCUUGGGCGCGGCGGGCGCCUGCAGCGGCUGACGCUGUGGGUGGACAGCCGCACCUGUGUAAACAGGAACCGCUCGCGGCAGCUGCAGGCCAUCCAGCGCAGCCUGCAGGCGCACAUGCCCGACACGCUGGUGGAGUGGGCGGGCGCCGAGUCGAGGCACAGCAGCUGGACAGGGCUGGAGGCGCGCGUGUUCAGCCCGCACUAACUGGCACGUUCACGAGGGAGCUAGGACGAGCUAGAGGCCGAGACUGCAGGGUACCAAGAAAGACCUGGGCGCAAUAAGAACGUGCGCAGACAGGUCAGGCCCCUGUACUGGGCGCUGUGAAAGGAUGCCAGGAUCGUACUUGGCUGUCCUCCGGUUUGCGUGGAUAGCCACCACGCCUAGGCACGUCAGCUCAAGUGCAGUGCAGGGUUUUAGGGUAUUAUUAAUUCUGUGCGUGUUCAGCUCGAGAGCAGUGGGAUUUACUGCAAUGGGCGUGCCGGCUUCAGGUGAAUACUGCAGGAGAGGGCGUGUGCACUCGUAUGCGCUUCGUGGGUGACCACUUAACCACCGCCCCGGUGUAGAUUUGGCUCUAUUGGGCUUUAGGCGUGGGCCAUGGGCUGGGCUCCCGGCACGCGCCGUAGGAGGCCACGCCCGGAGAACGGAUGCUUUAUGCAAGCGUUGCUCAGCGGCGUAGCACGGUAGGAGGCUACUGCAGUUCCUAGACUAAUGGCUUAUGGAGCUCGACGCUAAUAAAAGGCUGGCGGGGUGGUGUAUUGCAAUUCUGAUGGGUGUUUGUACGGUAGCUCGUAGCAAGGCAGAGCGGUGUUGCGCAGUGUGCGUGUCGCGCCCGGGCCUGGGGUGACCUGCGGGUGCCAUUCCGUUUGUGAUAGCAACAUUUGAGUACCAUUGCGCCAAUACGACCGCGCAACUAUUCUGUGCAAUGAGCUCUUGGCGUUUGUGGUGAGGGGGAGCGUGUGAACGGUGCAUGACAACGCACGAGUAUGAUCGUAACGGAGGCGCGAUGCUUUGAGCGGCCCAAGGUCAACUAGUGGCCGGAAGGACAAAGGAAACGACAUGUGACCGCGCGCAUCCGCUGCCGACGUUAGGACUGCUCAGCACGCGCCAGGUCCCGGGUACCACGACAGGGCCCCGGAACGCGAUGAAGAACUUUACCGUUGGCUACUGGAGAACGCGUUGUGUCGCGCUAAUUAUCAAAUACC